AUGUCUCUGUUUGAAAACCUAUCUCUGGAAGGCGAACCGGUGACCAAGUCCUCGUCGUCGUCUCCUAAUAGCUGUGGUCACCGUUGCGUUAGUUACGGAGUCUGCAUGCUCUGCGAAUCGACGGUGGACAAAAGCCAAGGCAGAGAAUUCGAUUUUAUACUCCCCGGUUUGCAGCUAAGCCAUGAAGCUGUGGCGUCAACGAAACGCUUAGUAACGCAAUUCCAUUGCCAGAAGAAUAAUAACAAGAAGCUUCACCUUGUCCUUGACUUAGACCACACGCUUCUCCACACCGCUGGGGUUUCAUGUCUCUCCAUAGAAGAAAAGUAUCUAAUCGAAGAAGCGCGUUCGAAAGCAAGGGAAGAUCUAUGGUCGAUGGAAGGAGACGAUUCCAUCGAUCCAUACUUGCUAAAGCUACGUCCUUUUCUCCGCAAGUUCUUGGAAGAAGCCGACAAGAUGUUCGUGAUGUAUGUUUACACGAUGGGUACUCGUGAAUACGCUGAAGCCUUGUUGGAGAUAAUCGAUCCCGAGGGAAACUAUUUUAGGGAUAGAGUGAUAACAAGAGACGAGAGUCCUGAAGAGAAGACGCUUGAUUUGGUUUUAGCUGAGGAGCGUGGAGUAGUCAUUGUGGAUGAUACGGUUGGAGUUUGGACCCACCAUUGGAGUAACCUAGUGGAGAUUACCGAGUACAACUAUUUCAGAGUCGACGGCCAACAAGAGCCAAAAAGUUACUCGGAGGAGAAGAGAGACGAGAGUGAAAACGACGGUGGAUUGGCCGAUGUUCUGAAAGUACUCAAGCAUGUCCACAGUGAAUUCUUUGGAGUCAAGGAAGAGUUAUUAGAGACACAGGACGUGAGGUUUCUGCUACAAGAAGUAGACAUCCAACUUCUUUUGAAUUGA